CAUUCAGAGAUUCUAUAACACUCGUAAACAAACGCGUUUGUGUUUUGCAGCUUUGGUUGUAAAUAUUGUGGCGACUUGUCAGUGGCGGAGAGCUGUAGUAUCCAGUACUGAAACGGGACGCUCUAAAUAAUGAGUCAUCAGCGAUUGAUAGUUUAACAAUUGACGGCUAAAAUUUAAUAAUUGUGCCAUUUAUGUAACGAAAGGAAGGAUAAGUGAGUCUCCAAGAAUCAACAUUGCCAUAGGAAUUAUUAGUGGCUUCAUAGUGGAACAAUGAACAUUCUUCCGAAGAAAAGAUGGCAUGUCCGCACCAAAGAGAACAUAGCCAGAGUCCGAAGAGAUGAAGCAAAAGCUGCUGAGGAAGAAAAAGAAAGGCAGAGGAGGGCUUUAUUGGCUGAACAAGAGGCCCGCACUGCUUUGCUCCGUAAAAAAGCAAGAAAGGAUGGUGGUCAGUCUCCUGAUGAAGGUGGAAUUCAAAUUACAAAUAAAGCACAACAUGUCAAUCUCUUUGAUGAUCUGGAAGAGGGCAAAAUUGUAUCAUCACUUAAGAAUGAAGAGCAUGAACGUGAAAUAAAAGAAGAAAAAGAGAAAUAUGAAAAACAAAUUGGUUAUUUAACAUACCUAGGCCAGGACACUGUUGAAGCCACUGGGAAAAUUCCUUGGUAUGAUAAAGUUCCUGACAGAAAGAAAGCAGAACCAUUAAUGGGAAUGGAUGCAGAAGUAUCUACAAAGAGCAAAUUACUUAAUGAUCCUUUACGAGAUAUAAGGAAAUAUUUACGUGUUAAGGAAGAACAAUAUUUGAAUAAGAAAAACAAAACAGCAGAUGCUAACAAGGAAGUAAGUGCUCAUACAAGCAUAAUAGAUAACAAUUUAGACACUUACAAGAAACAUAAAGACAGAAAGAAGAAGCAUAAAAAGAACAAAAAAGUGAAGAAGAAACAUAAAAAGCAUCGGAAGUCAAAGAGAAUUAGCAGUGAUGAGAGCUCUGAAGUGAACAGUGAAGUUAGCAGUGAUGAAGAUCAACAUGACCAAAAGCCUAACUUAGAGCAGUUACGAGCUGAACGCUUGAAACGUGAGGCUGAAGAAAAACGAAAAGCUGAAGCACUGCUAGCUAGGUUACGAGGUGAAACUGUUGAAGAAGAAAAGACUGAAACCAUAGCAGUGCCUGUAAAACAGAAGUACAAUUCUCAGUUUAAUCCAGAACUCGCAAGGCAAAAUUUUAGAUAAGGUGUGCUGCUCUAUUUCCAACUUACAGUGUUGUAUAUAUAAUGAGUUUGGAUUAUAAACUGAAAAUUUUAUGUUUUGUUGAAAAUAAAAAUUGUUUUCAAAGUU